AAAUAUUUGUUGUGUUGGUAUUCGUUGUUGUCAUAUUUUGAAAACAUUGUGGUAAACGUGCCACGCGAUUGAGGUUAAGUCAGUGUAAUCAAAGAUGUUGCGAAGACAGGCUCGUUUACGCAGAGAAUAUCUGCACAGGAAGAACAAGGAGGACAAAUUCAAGACGAUACAGGAGAAGAAGGGCCGCGUCGUUAGCAGCGUGACGAGCAACCGAUUGAUCCACGGCGAUCUGCAGAGACAUGCAGUGGAUUUGCAAAAGAGAACGGAAUGGGACGACGAGGGACCGCAGAGAGCACUGCAGAUCGGCGGUGAGAGUGGCGGAGCGUUGGCGAAUUCGCAGGACGACGAGUACAGGUAUGCAGGCGUCGAGGACCCCAAAAUUGUGAUAACGACGUCGAGAGAUCCGAGCGCCAAACUGAGGCAGUUCGUGAAGGAGGUCCGUCUGAUAUUCCCCAAUUCUCAGAGGAUGAAUCGCGGUAACUUCGACAUCAAGCAGCUGAUGAACGCCUGCAGAUCGAAUAACGUCACCGAUUUCAUCAUAGUGCAAGAGCACAGAGGCGUCCCCGAUGCUCUGAUCGUCUGUCACUUACCCUUUGGUCCCACGGCUUAUUUCAAUAUGUCCGAUGUGGUGAUGAGGCACGACAUUCCAGAUAUAGGCACAAUGUCUGAGCAGUAUCCACACCUGAUCUUCCACAAUUUCAAAACUGAGCUGGGCGAAAGAGCCAUGUCCAUAUUGAAGUAUCUGUUCCCUGUGCCGAAGGAGGAUUCCAAGAGGGUCAUCACGUUUGCAAAUCACGAUGAUUACAUCAGUUUCAGGCAUCACAACUACAAAACUGUCGAUAGGCAGGUGGAGCUGAGCGAGGUGGGGCCCAGGUUUCAGCUGAAACUGUACCAGAUCAAGCUGGGCACAUUAGAUACAAUGGACUCGGCAGACACUGAAUGGGCUUGGAGGCCUUACAUGAACACAACAGUGAAGAGAAGAUUCUUGAGCGAUGAGGAUGGUUGGCAGCAAGACGAUUAAUUUUGUAACAUACCAUAUGUUUCUUUAAUUAUAAUUUUUUUUU